AAGAUAGUUGCGGUCUGAGUUCAACGGAGUGAGCAACAUGAACUGCGUGCGAUUGUGCUUUGUGCUGAGCUGCCUGUGGCUCAGUUCGUCGGCGGCUGAUCCGGAUGAUCCCCUCUUAGUGGAGCUGCCCCAGGGCAAGCUUCGUGGCCGCGAUAAUGGAAACUACUACAGCUACGAAUCGAUUCCCUAUGCCGAACCCCCCAUCGGUGACCUGCGAUUUGAGGCACCGCAGGCGUACGCUCAAAAGUGGACGGAUACCUUCGAUGCUACUCAGCCGCCAGUGGUGUGCCUGCAGUGGGAUCAGUUCACCCAGGGGGAUAACAAGUUGGCCGGCGAGGAGGACUGCCUGACCGUCAGCAUCUACAGGCCCAAGAACAGCAGCCGGAAGAGCUUUCCCGUGGUGGCCCACAUCCACGGCGGUGCCUUCAUGUUCGGAGCAGCCGCGCAAAAUGGACACGAGAAUGUGAUGCGUGAGGGCAAGUUCAUACUGGUGAAGAUAAGCUAUCGCCUGGGUCCAUUGGGUUUUGCGAGCACUGGGGAUGCCGAUUUGCCCGGAAACUACGGACUGAAAGACCAACGUUUGGCUCUGCAAUGGAUCAAGCAGCACAUAGCAUGUUUUGGUGGCGAACCGGAGAACAUCCUGCUCGUGGGUCACUCCGCUGGAGGAGCAUCGGUUCAUCUGCAGAUGCUACGCGAAGAUUUCAGCCAGUUGGCCAAGGCGGCGAUCUCCUUCAGCGGCAAUGCCCUCGAUCCUUGGGUUGUCCUGCAGGGUGGACGAGGACGUGCCUUUGAGCUGGGACGAAUCGUGGGAUGUGGACUGGCUGCGGACUCGGCAGCCCUCAAAAAGUGUCUCAAAUCUAAGACGGCCAGUGAAAUAGUCACCGCCGUGCGAAGUUUCCUCAUAUUUUCCUACGUGCCCUUUGCCCCAUUUGGACCCGUGGUGGAACCGCUGGAUGCUCCCGAACCCUUCCUCACCCAAGAUCCCCGGGAUGUUAUCAAGAGCGGAAAGUUUGGACAAGUCCCGUGGGCCGUGACCUAUGUCACUGAAGAUGGUGGCUACAAUGCCGCCUUGCUCCUGGAAGAUGCGAACAAAUCGGGAAAGACAUUGCUCGAGGAACUCAACGAUCGCUGGUUUGACUGGGCCCCGUAUUUACUAUUCUACCGGGACUCGAAGAAGACUAUCAAGGAAAUGGACGAUUACUCCCGGAAAAUUAGACAGGAGUAUGUGGGUGAUCUACCAUUUAGCACACAAAACUACUGGGAAUUGCAGCAGCUGUUCACGGAUAUCCUUUUUAAGAACAGCACACAGGAUGCCUUAGAUCUUCAUCGCACAUAUGGAAGUAGUCCUGCCUAUGCGUUUGUUUAUGACAAUCCAGCCGACAGAGGAAUCGCCCAAUUCCUGACCAAGCGAAGGGAUAUUAAUUUCGGGACUGUGCACGGAGACGACUACUUUUUGAUAUUCGAAAACGUUGUACGAGAUGCGCAGUUGCGUCCGGAUGAGGAAAGGAUUUCGAGAAAUUUCAUCAAUAUGCUAGCGGACUUUGCCCUUAGUGACAAAGGCACUCUGACCUUUGGCGAAUGCGUUUUCCAGGAUAAUGUGGGCAGUGAGAAAUUUAAUUUGUUAGCCAUAGAUAGGAAUGGAUGCGAAAAUAAACAGUAUGCUGAAUUUCCCUAGGGUUCUUGGACGAAAUAAAACUGUAAUUGAAUAAAAAGAACUUUUAAAAUAUAUAUAAAAUUGGAAUUCGA